AUGCCCGCUAUCGUUGCUCUGUGCAGAAAAUUCGAGACGCUGAGAUAUGAGGACGUUGAGUGGCUCUGCCUACGCACCGUCGUCGAGAUUAGGCGCAUCAACAAGGAGGAUAUGCACUCUCGCUCUGGCGAAGGGUACGAUGUAAAAGCUGCGCUCCGCGCAAGCCACGUCUUGAUUUCGCACAGCACAUCUCGCUCGGCGUCUGCUGGCCCCACCACCGACCCUUUUCUUGAUAACCCGCCCCCGCCUGCGAAUUCGCUAGCGCCCGUCAUGGACAAUGAGCACAGCCGCCUAGGGAAGCUUGCCAAAGGCCAUGACUUCUACUUACACAAUCCAUCGCUAUACGAUGUCAACGAUAAUGUGGCAUACCUGACCAUGCUAACGGCAGGGCAGGCUGAAAGAGCGCAUGCUCCUCGACGCGAAAGACUCGUACAACACCCCAAUCUACCAACAUCUCGUUGCUCUCAGGAUUGCAUAUCGCCUUGUCACCCACACGUCAAAAGCUGCGGCUCGACAUCGUCAUUGGCGCCGUAUGUGGCUGAAGAAUGCGAGAUGUGCGGCGGGCUGGGGCACGUGCGGGGAUCUGAAGGUUGA